CGCUGCGAUGCGCACCAUGUCCUUCAAGAAAGAAACACCGCUCGCCAAUGCUGCAUUUUGGGCUGCGAGAAAAGGAAACCUGGCUCUUCUCCAGCUGCUGCUGAACAGUGGGCGAGUAGAUGUGGACUGCAAAGACAGUCUUGGCACAACAGCUCUGAUGGUAGCCUCUUACUAUGGCCACAUAGAUUGUGUGCGGGAAUUGGUGUUGCAAGGAGCAGAUAUCAAUCUACAGAGAGAGUCAGGUGCAACUUCUUUGUUCUUUGCUGCACAGCAAGGCCACAAUGAUGUAGUGAAGUUUCUCUUUGAAUUUGGAGCGUCCACUGAAUUCAGGAAUAAAGACGGAGGCACUGCCCUCUUAGCAGCCUGUCAGUAUGGGCACGCGAAAGUGGUGGAAACCCUGCUGAAGCACGGGGCCAACAUACACGAUCAGCUUUAUGAUGGAGCUUCUGCAACUUUCUUGGCGGCACAGGGAGGCUACCUGGAUGUCGUGCGAUUGCUGCUGUCUUCAGGAGCCAAGGUCAACCAGCCACGGCAGGAUGGGACGGCCCCGCUGUGGAUCGCCUCGCAGAUGGGCCACAGCGAGGUGGUGCGGGUGAUGCUGCUGCGGGGAGCCGAGCGCGACGCCACGCGCGAUGAUGGUACAACUGCCUUACUGAAAGCUGCCAUUAAAGGUUACAACAACGUGAUAGAAGAGUUACUGAAAUUUUCUCCCACGCUUGGCCUGCUGAAGAACGGCACCUCCGCGCUCCACGCGGCCGUGCUCAGCGGCAACGCCAGGACCGUCGCGCUGCUGCUGGAGGCGGGAGCCGACCCGUGCCUGAGGAACAAGGCAAAUGAGCUGCCGUCAGAACUCACAAAAAAUGAGCGCAUCCUCCGCCUGCUGCGCACCAAGGAAAAGCAAAGGAAAAGCUCGUGCAGCCCCAUAGUGAACGCGGUUUGA